GUAAAGUACUGUCCACGUCUCCCCGCAUUAAUAUUGGAAGUUAACUUCGUCCAAAUCAUACCCGCAGACCUGUAUGCCCGGAAGGCCGCGCAGGUGCAUACUUCAAGGCAACGUGCAAACGUGAGCCGCUGCUCCAGGCUGGUUGGUAUUUGUACGGCAUCAAGCCUCAAGCACGUGUACUACACCACCUGCCACACCAUGUCCAACACGGAAUAUGAGGAUACUAAAACUUCGUUCCCCGUCACCGACCACGAGUUUUUCGCAGCGCUUGCGGAGCUCGAGCGAUCAGGCUUUCAACUUCCCGCACGUUUCGACCCACCUUCAGGUAGAGCAGCUGAUAUGCGUCUUGGCUGGCCGCUCGGCGAAAAGCAGAGAGACAUGAUCGUUGAGUGGGCAACGAAGAACGGGUACGCCGAGCGGGACGUAGACCACAGCGUUGACAGGUUCCUCACUGCAUAUUCUUCUGGCGGACGCUUUGCAAACUGGAUGCGAAUUUCCGGCGGAGUAUAUGGCGUCUACACACUGGACGAUGGGAGCUACACAGCCAUGCCCCUGUUCUGGGUCGACAGAAACUCGACCGUCAAGGAGGACCGGUACACGGAGCGCGAGUGCAUGAAGGUGGCGAGGAUGCUUGGCUUUGAGGGGCUGCCGAGGUGGUACCUUUCGGUAACCUACAACGACCGUUAG